CACCAAAUCAUCUUUACAUUAUAAAAUUGACUUUAAACCUCUUUAUACAACAACUACUAAGAUAAGCAUCAGCCACGCAACAAUGAACAUCUACACAGCGUCAGUAUUGGUUAUCCUCUCGUUGGCCAGCUCAGCACUCAGCCAGCAGUGCGUGGGCAAUACCUCUACAUGCCCGGGCGGCAAGGAUGGCGUGUCGCCGGUAGUUCUACAGUGCGACAGCUGGUCGAAGACCUUUGUUCCGAUAAACUGUCCCAGUGGCCUCGUGUGCUACGCCAAUCCAACCAAGGCGGGAACAGCAAUUUGCAACCGCCCAGGCUCAGGCCCCGUCCCCGGCCAAGGGAAAUGUAUGGGCAAUGUGGCCAAGUGCAGCGGAGCGUCAGGGCAGUCCGCAAACUACUUCCAAUGUGACUCGUGGGCUGGCCAUUAUGUCGAUGCAAAAUGUCCCGCUGGACUCAAGUGCUACAACAACACGGGUAGCUCUGGCGUUAUAUGCGCAUAAAGACCAAAUUUUGAUUUUCUAUCACUUAUAUAUGCA